AUGGGAGACGACAGCGAAGGAGAAGGCAGCAGUAGCCAGGAGCGCUUUACGGUGACGAUGACCUCAUCGAGUACGUGUGGUUCCGUAACGGGAGACGCUGAAGAUACCGUACAACCGUACAACCGCGAGUUGAGCAACAUCUCUGCAGGGGCUUACCGGUGCAAAGCGAACCUGUCACGCGCGAGUCUGUGGUCACUAUCGCUUACCUCGAGCGGCCCAGUACGAUUACAGACGCCUGUGAUACGUCUGUGGUACGAUUAUCUCGGACAACAACACCGUAGUAGCAGCCGCCCAGCAACCGCUUGGACUGCACUAAAGAUCACACUUGUUCUUAACAGGUACUACCAACUACAGAGCGGCAGUCUGCUCAUGGCCGACGUGUGCCUCUCCAAUGCCGGUCGACAACGUCGCAGCGAAAACCGUUCGCAGUUACAAUUCAAGCUGAACUGCGCCAACGAAGCGGAUCGACGCCGCCCAUCGUCGGAGGCGAGCAACCGGUGUCUGAUGCUGUGCUACAAGAACGUUAACCACGACGUCGUCAUCCGCGGAGUCUGUUACAACAACCUGGCGGGUUUGCUUCCGUUUACGCUGUACAAGGCGUUCAUUCGGCGCCUGCUGGAUUUUGAGACGAAGCAGAAUGACUGA